AUGGGUAUACAAGGUCUUCUUCAAAUUCUCAAACCCAUUAAAACAAAUAUUUCUGUGGAUAAAUAUGCGUGGUUCACUGUGGGCGUUGAUGGUCAUUGCUGGUUACAUAAAGGAGCACAUGCUUGUGCAAUGGAAUUAGCGUUAAAUGAGCCAACUUCAAAAUAUAUCGAAUUUUUCAUGCACCGUGUCCGCAUGCUCAAAUUUUAUAAAGUUGUCCCGUUCAUUGUCUUUGACGGCGGACAUUUGCCUGCAAAAGCGGGAACUGAAACAGAACGUCGAGAACAACGAGCAGAACACCGUCGAAAGGGCUUCGUAUGUCUCGAGAAAGGAUUAAAGGGCAAAGCACGCGAUUAUUUUGCAAAAGCGAUUGAAGUCACGCCAGAGAUGGUGUUUAAGGUGAUUCAGGCUCUACGAGCAGAAAAUAUCGAAUAUCUUGUCGCACCGUAUGAAGCAGAUGCCCAAUUAGCAUAUCUCGAGCGAAAAGGAUAUAUAUCGGCCGUCAUCACGGAAGAUUCGGACUUGUUGGUGUUCGGCUGCAAGAAUGUUAUAUUUAAAAUGGAUCAAUAUGGUAACGGUGAGGAAAUAAGUCGUGAUUAUUUUGCCGCGUCAUUCGAAUACAGCAUGGCCCAGUUGUCGAAUCGACAUUUUCGACAGAUGGCUAUUCUGUCUGGCUGUGAUUAUCUCCCUUCGAUACACGGAAUAGGCAUUAAGAAGGCGUAUCAGUACAUUAAAAAAUAUAAUACUGCCGAAAAGGUGAUCAAACAUUUACGAUUUGAAUCAAAACAUUAUGUCCCGCUGGAUUACGAAGAAAAUUUUGUUCGUGCUGAAAUGACAUUCUUGCAUCAACGCGUAUUUGAUAUGGAGACGUGUCAGCUGGUCACAUUUACGCCUGUUCCUGAGAACGUUGAUAUAAAAAACAUGGACUUUAUUGGAUUAGACAUUGAUCCUAAUAUUGUGCGAGAAAUUAUAAAAGGUUACUUGAAUCCACUCACCAUGCAGCCGCUGAAUAUUGAAAAUCCGAAACGAGUUAUUCUUGCGCAAAAAGAUAUACGAUUUCACUUCACGAAAAAUGUUGAAUCAAGCAAGGAAGCCACGUCAAAGCUCUUUACGGGAAAAGAAAAUAAUACUGAAAUAAAAUCAAAAUAUUUCAGUCAAAAAACCUCGAAAGAAGUUGACGUUAAGACAACCUCCAAUGAAAUUGAUACCAAUAGAUCGAUCACAACGCAAGAGCCUAACAAUGAGAUACCCGAGUCAAGUAAAUUGUCCGAGCGAGACUGGAAUUCUGUUUCUAAUUCACAAAAUUCACGAGUGGUCAGCUUGAUUCAACCUAUUAGCAAAGAAAAAACAGAGCCCACGAAGCGAUUUCCUUUUACUCCAAUUAUACCAAAAGAAAUCCGUGACAUCAAUAAGAACAAUGGCGAUAAGGAAAAUCAAUCACCGUUAAAUACAAGAUGCACUCUCAGGAAAAGAAGCUUCUCAAAAGUUGAUUAUGAAGAUCGCGUACAUAAAAUAGCUCAAGGAUGGCGAAAAAAAUUCGCCAGAACAGAACAGGAGUCCAUCGGGACAAUUAUUAGCCACUUGAAGAGCACAAAAUCAUGGGAAGCUGAUGAGUGA